AUGCUUGACCAAACCCUCCUCCGGCGGGUGAGUUCCAAAUACCGCGCGUUCGUGAUAUCCGACAUCUCCAACGAACCCGACGACGCCGAAUCCCUCGUCCGAUUCCUCCUCUACGGGAAUGAAUUCGACAUCCAGGGCCUGGUCGCGUGUACAUCGACCUGGAUGCGCGAUAAAGUGCACCCAGAGGACAUGACGCGCAUUGUGGAGGCGUACGCUCAGGUUCUCGAUAAUUUAAACGCGCAUGUUCAUCCUGAUAACGCAUACCCGGAUGCCGAGUAUCUCAAGUCCGUUAUCAAGGGUGGUCCGGCGUGUUAUGGACGUGAGGCGCUGCGUGAGGGCGCUCCGCUAGCGGAGGGAACUGAGCUGCUGAUACAACGACUUGAGGCGUGCGAGGAGCCGCUUUGGGUGCUUUGCUGGGGAGGGACAAAUGUUAUUGCGCAGGCGCUGCAGGAGAUUGAUCGGACGAGGGCGAGUACAGCGGCAGUAUUGCGCUCGCGGCUGCGGGUCUAUACGAUCAGCGACCAGGAUGAUACGGGCAUGUGGAUUCGGGUGAAUUAUCCGGAUAUCUUCUAUAUUUGUUCUGUGCAUGGGUGGAAGGAGUAUGGGAUGGCUGCGUGGGUUGGUAUAUCCGGCGAUCUGCUCAUGCCGUUGGAUGAGGGCGGUCCGGACGUGACCAAGGUGAAGCUGGACUGGUUAAAGGAGCAUAUCCAGAUUGGCCCGCUGGGGAAAGAGUAUCCUGAUUAUUCGUUUAUCAUGGAGGGGGAUACACCAACGCUGCUGUAUCUGAUUCAGAACGGUCUCGGGUCACCGGAGAACCCGCACUGGGGGAGCUGGGGUGGUCGAUACGUCCUAGGUGACAUUGGGGGAGCAUCGAAGCAUUAUAUGGAUGCAAAGGAUACAGUGAUUGGGAAGAACGGGGCCAAGUUUACCACCAACCAGGCCACUAUCUGGCGGUGGAGAGAUGCCUUCCAGAACGACUUUGCGGCGCGCAUGCAGUGGACAUUGAGCAGCGAUCUGGCAAGGGCGAACCACGCUCCGGUAGUCGUUGUUAACAACAGCACAGCUGGCUCGGAGCCACUGCUGUUAGACGCUGAAGCCGGAACUGAAAUUACUUUCGAUGCGUCUAAAUCGUAUGACCCUGACGGCGACGAUCUCUUGUUCACCUGGUACCAGUACAAAGAACCAACGACAGCACAAUCGCACAUCCACUGGCAUGUCGUUCCAGGCGUCGAAUUCAGACCUGUCGCUGGAAAUACGACGGGAUCAGUGGUUAGGGUCACUCUACCACCACCAGAGGCCAGUGCAGUCAGCAUCCUCUCCGGCCGGGCACUCGAGAAAGGACAAGCGCUGCACUUCAUCCUCGAAGUCCGAGACAACGGUACACCUAGUCUGAUCACAUACAAACGGGUUGUAGUGCAAGUGACGAACCGCGACCUGCGGGGAGGGAAGGGCAAGGCGUUCGACACCAUUACAGAGGCACUGGGGCAUCCGACCAAAUAA